AGGAAGCCCAGCGAAAUUAGGGAUCUGAUUCCAGAAGAGGACGGAGGGAACAGACGGUUCGGUCAGCCGGAGCGGCCUGGGAGAAACGCCAGCCCCAUUAGAAUUAAAGGCACCCCCCCAAAGCCUACUCCGGAGGGUGUUUUCAACCGGAUGCAAAGCCAGCCUUUGCCACGCUGACAAGUGGCAGCUGCUGCACAGCUGUUUUGCAGGGGUGGGGGGGGGAAAAGAAAUCCACUUUCUCUGGAGCUUUGCGUUAAAAGCAACUUUUGCCGUGCCGCGAAAAAUUGGCUGGGAGGUGUCUCGGGACCAUGCCGCACAACAUACCAUCCAUGAGCUCAGAUUUCCAGCAUUAUAGUUUCAGGAUGCCAAACAUUGGAUUCCAGAACCUGCCUCUCAACAUAUACAUCGUGGUCUUUGGCACGGCGAUUUUUGUCUUUAUUCUCAGUUUACUUUUCUGCUGCUAUUUGAUAAGAUUAAGACAUCAAGCUCAUAAAGAACUUUACGCCUAUAAACAGGUUAUCCUAAAGGAGAAAGUCAAAGAAUUGAAUUUGCACGAGAUCUGUGCCGUUUGUUUAGAAGAAUUCAGACCCAAAGAUGAGCUGGGAAUUUGCCCCUGCAAACAUGCGUUCCACAGAAAAUGCCUCAUUAAAUGGUUGGAGGUCCGGAAAGUUUGUCCUCUCUGCAACAUGGCCGUCCUGCAGUUGGCCCAGCUUCACAGCAAGCCGGAUCACCCCGGACCGCCCCAGGAACCCCUGCCCGGCACAGCCAACAUCGUAUAGCUCCCCACCGGCUGCCCCUUUCUUCUCCCUAACAGACUCCAAUUCCCACAGAGACUCGCCAGUCUCUGACCCUGCCGCUCACGGCCUCCAAGCAUUUUCCCGGACUCCCUUUAUCUCAUGAAAAACAUCCGGGACGCACCGAAGGGGAACCGAUGCUCCGAGUAGGGGGGGAAAAACCCGAAAGGACAAGAACCCGCCAGGACACUGGCGAGUCUGCGGUUUUGUUUGUCUCUUAAAUUUUAUUUUUAUUUUUAUACGUGCACUUUACCGAGAGAGGCGUGCGGAGGUCAGCUGUCGGUUUUGGAUUCAAAUCAGACGGCCAGAGAGAGAGAGCGAGAAAGGGAGCCUUCAAAAAUGGGAUUCGCCGUAGGGAGCAAGUGUUCCUCUCCAGAGAGAGAGAGAGAGAGAGAGAGGCCACAACGUGAGAAAAAUUGUGUUCGAUUCCAGCAUGUAGGAUGAUCUUCUCACAGAUUUGCUGGGGGAGAUCCCGGGGCCGAAAUCCAAGCAAGGAAAUCCUCGUUGGAGGAAGAGCCGGGAUAAGGAUAAGAUUGUGUGUCGUUCGUUGCAAUUCCCGCGACUUCGGGAUCGGUAAAGGAGUCGCCUCCAGAGGAAACACGGCUUGGUUUAAAACGAGAAUGGGGUUCUGUCGGAAUUGUGACUUUGGGGAGGGGGCGUUUGCCAAUCUCCCCGAGCCUCGGGGAUUCCCCGUUGAAAAGGGAAGGAGGGGAAGAAAAAGCUUCUCGCCGACUGUCGGCUACUUUCGGAGACAUUGAGGAGCCGAUGAGGUCCCGAAUAAAUUCCUUGGACAUUGUAGGGACGAUGGGACUGGCCGUACGGCCUCCGUCUCUCGUUCCCCUCAUGGGAAUUUUUCCCCGAAUGGUUUGCCGGCACAGAAAGAUAUCUUGCAGAAUUUGCGUGGAUUUGAUUUUCUUUCUUUUUUUUCCAAUGUAAAAGUGAGAUACAUUUCGGGGCCCUGAUGGAGUGUUGAAACGGGUUUUGCAAGAGUGACAGGCAGAUUUGGGUGGUACAAUUCCUCUAGGUAGAGACCGGCGGUCGUAAAAAAAAAAAAAAAAGUCUUCCCGGCCCAGAUUUAGGUUGUACGCGCUGGUCGACCAAGAUGAAAAAUAAAUAUAUGAGGGAAAGCUGAGGAAUUGUGAAAAAGCUCACCCCAAUCUUUCCUGGAAUCUCGUGAUAUUGCCGAGAAUCAUGUUUCCCUCUUGUGUGAAAUCAGCCAGAAUUUGUCCGAUUUUCACAAAUGUUUUAUUAAAAUUAUGGGGAAGCAACUGGAAUGGCUUCUACCCAUUGCACUUA